UCAGUUUGCGAUAAUUCUUGGAGCGCAAAGCACUUUGGAGGAAAAGCCGUGAACAAUGCCUGGAUUUCAUAGUGUGGAAGUUAAUAACAGAAAUUGGGUGAUCCCCGAUAUUUACGAAGUUUUGGAGCCCCUGGGCAGGGGAUCAUUUGGCCAGGUGGCCAAGGUACAGCUGCGUAACACAAACAUUCAGGUGGCCAUGAAAAAGUUACUGACACCCUUCGAAUCGGAGGAGGAUGCAAAGAGGGUUUAUCGGGAGAUAAAGCUGCUGAAGCACAUGAAUCACCGUAACGUUAUCAGUUUGCUUGACGUAUUUCAUGGACCUUCACCAAAUCCCAAUCCAACGUUGGACGACUUCCAGGAGGUUUAUUUGGUGACUGACUUGAUGUAUAAAGAUUUGCACCGAGUUACGCGCGAAGUGAGGCUCUCCGAAAGACAGGUGAAGUUCAUUCUCUUCCAGAUUUUGAAGGGUCUGAAACAUAUCCAUAGCGCCGGUGUCCUGCACCGGGAUUUGAAGCCUGGAAACAUCGCUGUGAACGAGAACUGUGAACUCCGCAUUCUGGAUUUCGGUAUGGCUAGGCUGUUAUCAAUGGACAUGACGGAUCGGGUGUGUACUUUAUGGUACCGUGCACCGGAAAUCCUGUUUGGAUGGGGUCAAUACACCAAAGCUAUUGAUAUGUGGUCAGUGGGUUGCAUCCUAGCGGAGCUAAUCUCGGGUCGCCCCCUUUUCCCUGGCACGAGACGAGAUCAAAUCAUGGUCGUUAUUGAAGUAAUGGGGAAGCCUUCGGAAGAAUUUGUUAGCGGUAUUAGCGAUCCCUAUGCUCGUCAGUACUUGGAUCGAAUUCCACCCAGAGAACGGAGGAACUUCCGUGAAAUUUUCCCAGAUGCAAACCCUAAUGCUUUGGAUUUGUUGGAGAAAAUGUUGGAUAUGAUUCCCCAAAAUCGUAUAACCGUGGAAGAGGCAUUGAACCAUUCGUAUUUCAAAGGUUUUUCUGAUCCAUAUUUCCUUGAGGAUGAUACUGCACAGCCUUAUGAUCAAAAUUUUGAGAACAUGAACUUGCCGAUAAACUGCUGGAAGGAACUUAUUCUUACCGAGAUAAGAAAUUUUAUACCCCCGCCUUGUUUUCAAGGGCCUUUGAGGGAGUCGUACCAAUAGACUGUUAAAAAUAGUUAAAAAGCAAUAAAAUUAAAAUUUUAGUGAAAACAAAGAAAAUAUUUUUGUAAUCCAUUAUAGAAAUUUAAAUUUCCGUUAAAAAAGAAACCCGUCAGUUGAGUACCCCUAGUGUACUGGAACCGUCUGGCAACUCCGCCAAACAGCUGAUUCUGAUAAAUCUGCCGGUUGAGUUUGUUAUUAAAGGCAACCAAAAAUGCUUAGCCUAAGAAUCCUGGGAAUUUCAUUUACAAAAUCCUGCACCAGGAAUAUCUCCGCUUUGUACAUAACUGGCGACAAAGCCAACGAGAACUAUGUGACCCUGCAGCCGUACCUGGACUUCGAGGGAACCUUCGGCGGUCGAGAGUUGUUGGAGCAGAGCAUUGCGAGUAGGGGCUUGAAUAUCAACCUGGAGACGGUGCUUAAUAAGUAUCAAAAGUACCAGGCCCAUCAUGAGCAAUUGAGAAAAGUUGCUGAGGAUCGCGAAGCGGUCACCAAAAAAUUGAAGGAGCUGUCCAAAGCUGGAGGCAAUGACGAUCAGCUUGAGCAGCUCAAGGAACGUGGAAAAUCAUUGCGCAACGACUUAAAGAAUCUAAAGCAGGCACUUUACCCAAUUGAAGAUGACUUCAUCCAUGACUACCUGCACCUACCUAACCGGCUGCAUGAACUAUGUCCCACAGAAGGUGAAGAGAAGCUGCUGUAUCGUCACCAGGUUCCCAGCUCCACACCGGACACGCUCUCUCACUUGGCGAACAAGGAACUCAUACACUUUGUGGAUAACAAUCGGUAUUACAUGAUGGAACAGGC